UGACCACUUUUAGCCCAUAAGAGUUUGGAAUCCUGUUUACGAGCAAUUGCGAUAACAUAACGUUCAGUAUUUCGUACGUCUUUCGCUUGUGUUCUAUGAGUCUCCUGCGGAAAUAAGUAUUAGAGUGCCGAAAACAAUGAUGUGCGGUCGUCAGGACAUAUCAUAAGUACAUUAUUACAGAGUUUCAUCAAUAACAUAAGUAAAGAAUGACACUCAAUUAUUCGAUUAAUUUAUUGAAAAAUGUCCAUGAGGAUUUAGUUCCACCAAAUAAAGGUGAAACAGUUUUAAUACAAGGCCAGUAUGAGUAUUGGCAUUAUGGUUGUGAUGGUUUCGACGACAGGGGUUGGGGAUGUGGUUAUAGAACACUGCAAACUAUCUGUUCCUGGAUCAUAAGUAAUCAGAACUUAGAUGAGACUGUUCCAAGUAUUAAUACAAUACAAAAGACACUUGUUGCAGUAGAAGACAAAGACAAAGCAUUUGUUGGAUCGAGAGAUUGGAUAGGAAGUUUUGAAGUGUCCAUUGUGUUAAAUCAACUAUACGAUGUUCUUAGCAAAAUAAUUCACGUCUCAAGCGGAAAACAGCUGAUAGAUCAAGUAGAUAACAUUAAAAGACAUUUUGAGCAAUUUGGCAGUCCUAUUAUGAUGGGUGGAGAUAAAGACUGUUCCAGCAAAUGUAUAGUGGGAUUGCACACUGGGAAUAAAGGCAUAUAUUUGCUAAUUGUAGAUCCACAUUUUGUUGGCAAGGCAAGAAAUGCAGAACAUCUGAGGAACGAUUACUGGGUGUGGUGGCAAAACUUGAAUGACUUUGUCGAUAGUUCUUUCUACAACCUGUGUCUACCACAAAUUAGAUAUCAUGCACUGUGCAAUACAUAAGAUAUACUACUAAUAUUACUGCAAAUAUAUAUAAAAAAUAUAUAUAUAAAAAAUAUAUAUAAAAAAUAUAUCGUUUAUAUUAAAUAUAUCGG